AACGAGACCCGCCCCUUAUAUUCUUUUUCUGCACUGCAAAACGCGCAGAUCGACUGAUCGGGAAGAGUGACAAAAAAAUGGCCUCAGGACUUGUGAAAGCUAAGAAGUACGACUGGCAGGACAGCAACCUUGCUCUCUUUGGCUCCGACACCGAGAAACAGGUGAAGAAAGAGUCAGCUGAGACUGAGCCAGCUUGGAAAGGAGCUGGUGAGAAAGUCGGGAUCCAGAUCUGGCGGAUCGUCAAGUUCAAGGUGAAGCACUGGCCCAAGGAUGACUACGGCAAGUUCUACAAUGGAGACUCCUACAUCAUUCUGAACACGUACAAAGAGCCCGAAAAUGAAGCAUUGUUGUACGAUGUUCACUUCUGGAUAGGUCAAUACUCUACCCAGGACGAAUAUGGUACAGCUGCUUACAAGACUGUUGAGCUCGAUACUCUGCUUGACGACAAGCCCGUCCAGCAUCGUGAAGUGCAGGAUAAUGAAUCGGACAUGUUCAAGGGCUAUUUCCCAACGGUCACAAUCCUGAACGGAGGUGCUGAUACAGGUUUCAAGCAUGUUGUCCCGGUUGAGUACAAGCCUCGUCUACUCCACUUCCACGGAGAGAGGAAGCGUAUCGAGGUCAAGGAGAAGGAAGCUCUGAGAAGCAACCUCGACUCUACCGAUGUCUUCAUUCUGGACCUUGGUUUGGAGCUCUACCAGUGGAACGGAAGCACUUGCAACAAGGAUGAGAAGUUCAAGGCUGUGCAGUACACGCAGAAAAUCAAGACUGAGCGCAGUGGCAAGCCCAAGGUGGAGGUUUUGGAGGAGAGAGACGUGACACCCAAUCACAAGUUUUAUAGCAGUCUGAGUGACGGCACUGCUGAGAAAGAACCAGAGGAGGAUGAUUCCGACUUUGUCAAAUCACUCCUCAGGCUGAGUGAUGCAAGUGGGGAGCUUGAGAUGAAGCUGGAGGGAACUGGCUCUCUUCCCAGGAGCAAACUAGACCCCAAAGAUGUCUUCAUUCUCGACACUGGCAAGGCACUCUUUGUCUGGACUGGAAAUGAGACAUCCUCUGCCGAGCAAAGGAACGCUCUCUCCUAUGCUCAUAACUACUUGAUGAAGACCAAGCAUCCUAAGAUACCAGUCACCUGCUACCGACAGAGUGCAACUCCCGACUCCUUCUACAAAGAGCUGGAGGCUUAGAGAACACAAACUGAGUGAAUUGAGUUAGUUAGCCUUUUAGUUAUAUCUCUCCUAGUAUUAGUGGUUAGUAUAGUGAUGUACAUGCUGUUGUAUGUCCAUGUAAUUUUGGCAAAAGGUGUUCCUUUUGAUCUCAAA